AAAUCAGGAAAACCGGACCCAAACAGUGAAUACACAGUAUUAGCGGCUAUUGUUUGCGACCACAAGAACCACGAGAAGGGAUCAAUUGAGCGCAAAGUGGUGGCCCUCUCGACGGGAACCAAAUGCUAUCCGUCUAACCAGUCGUCCAAAGACUACCUCAUCGUUGACUCGCACGCGGAAUCACUUCUGAAGCGCGCGUUUAAGCGAUAUUUGAUCUCACAAUUAGACAAUGAGUUCAAAAUAGAUAAUAAUCUAGGUAUAAGUCUAUUCAUAAGUCAAUUGCCGUGCGGGUCAUUGCAACGAUGGAAAGGAGAUCCCAAUUAUGUGUCAAAUGAAACGCAAACUGAUAGACAAAUGAACCGAAAGCCGGGCAGAGGAGAGACAUGUCAUAAACCUCCGUGUAUUAGGAAAAUUGCCAAAUGGAUUUAUAUGGGAUUACAGGGCAAGAGAUUACUUGAAUACACCAAACAACCCAUUUGUAUAAAUAAUAUCGUAAUCGGAAAUUGCGGACAAUUGGGUGAAUACGACCAACAAAUGAUUAAGGAUUUACUGUCAUUAGACCCCAAUUGCAUUACAUAUAAUCCAUUUGAAUUGAAUUCUUUGCCACAAAUCAAGUUUUGCAAAGAGUUUCGCAACGAUUUAUUCAUUAAAAGCGAUGAAAAACAGUCGGCGCCGACAGCCGUUGUUAUUUAA